ACUGCGGGUGGGGGAUUGGCGGGAGACCCGUGUCCCUCCGUUAAGGAGCCCCUUCCGCGGCGGGGUUCCACACGCCUGCGGCGGGUCAGGUGGACAAGCGAGCGCGUGCCGCUUCCGGAGCGCACCACGCGCGGAACAAAACGCGCCUUGAAGGCGUGGCCCAGGCGGCAUGGCUGCCCCCCACGCAGAUACGGGAACCCACGCUCUGGCGGCUCCAGGCCGGGCCCCGUCAGCUGCGGGAGUGCAGUCGGUGCUGCUGCCGCGCUGGGCCAGACCCCACACCCGUAUCCUUGCGCGGGGGUAACGCGUGUCUCGGCAGAAGGGGGCGCGACCCAGGUGGGGCAGCCGCUGGGUCGGAUUGAACCGAGGGGAGCGGAAAAGAAAAAAAGAGCUCGAGUGUGGCCCGUACGGGGAUCGAACCCGCGACCUUGGCGUUAUUAGCACCACGCUCUAACCAACUGAGCUAACCGGCCCGCUGAAACCGUUUUUCCCGCCGCGGCUGGAUGAAGGUCCAGCCGCCCCCUCCCCGGCGUGGAGCGAGGCCUGCUCGAGCCCCACCGGUGUGGGAACGGGGCCGGCUGGAGUUCUCCCCCGGAGAGCGCUCGGCUGGGACACAGCGCCCGGGAGGGAACAACCACCUCACCUCCCAGUCAGUGGGGUAGCACUUCCUAGGGUACGAUUCCAGUUUCAUUUAGUUAGACAUCAUAUUUAUUUUGGGCGUUUAUUUCAAAGCAUUUACUCUUCUGGCUGCCUAAUGCACUGUUGGGAUCUUGGUUUGCGCUGACAAACGAUUCGCCUUUUCCUAGUAUUUUGCCUUUUUAAUACAUACGCAGCAUUUAAAAGGCUUUUCUUCUCAGCUUUGAAGCCUACAUUAAAAUACGUUAUGUCCGUUCAGCAAAAGGCGAACGCCAUGGCGGGGGGGUGGCGGGACACGACACGCACCUCUCCGAACCGCGGUUUUUGGGGACCGGCUCGCUAUAGCCCGGCGGGCAGUCCGCGCUUCCCAGGGAGCCCCUUCCCCCGCCUCCCUCCCGCAAGCUGGGGCGCGGAGGCGUGCACUGCCUCACGCAGCCCCGCAGCGGCGCACGGAAACCACGGGGGACCGGGAGGCCACCCGAGACACGCUGCCGCCGCCACGCGCCCGCCCGCAAGUGACCGGCGAAGGCCGGGGCGGCCGCCGGCGACCCUACGGGGGUCUCCUCGAUCGGACCGGGGACCGUUAGCCCCUGACCAACGGCAGGCUCAGCUCCACCGUCCCAGGCAAGGCACGCCCGUGGGGCGCUCGGGGAAGGAUCGCUCCACGGGAGACGAAGACACGCCCAAGGGGGUACAAAGCACCUCAGGGUGCUGCGCCGCGACACCACCCUGAGGUAAGGAGGGAGGACGGAGCUCCCAUCCAGAGCCAGCCCCGCGACAGCAGACCACGGGCACAGCUGCCGGCCUGGCGUGCCGCUUGCGGCGGGACGUGACGUGAUGACGCCGCGGGGGCGGGGCCGGGGAGCCUGCGCGGUUGCCAGGGUGACGGGAACACAACAUGGCGAGCUGACGGCCGGGCCGGGUGGUGCCCGGCGGCGGGGUGACCCGGCUGCACCUUUCCCCCACCCCGAACCGGCGGGCAAGCGCAGGAUGAACAACUAUAAACCAGUUGGUAAGAUAGGAGAGGGAACAUUUUCUGAUGUUCUGAAGACACUGAGUCUUAGGGAUGGAAAGUACUAUGCAUGUAAACACAUGAAGCAGCAUUUUGAAAGUAUGGAACAAGUGAAUAAUCUGAGAGAAGUACAAGCACUAAGGAGGCUGAGUCCGCAUCCUAAUAUCCUUAUGUUACAUGAAGUUGUUUUUGAUAAAAAAGCUGGCUCCCUUUCACUGAUAUGUGAACUUAUGGAUAUGAAUAUUUAUGAGCUGAUAAAAGGAAGGAGGAAGCCAUUAUCUGAAAAAAAAAUUAAGAACUACAUGUACCAGUUAUGCAAAUCUCUUGAUUACAUACAUAGCAACGGGAUAUUUCACAGAGAUGUGAAACCAGAAAACAUAUUAAUAAAGCAGAAUACCCUGAAGUUAGGAGAUUUUGGAUCUUGUAGGAGUAUAUAUUCUAAGCAGCCACAUACAGAAUAUAUCUCUACACGCUGGUACCGAGCACCUGAAUGCUUACUUACAAAUGGCUACUAUAGUUAUAAAAUUGAUAUGUGGAGUGCUGGCUGUGUUUUCUAUGAAAUCACAAGUUUUCAGCCUCUCUUUCCUGGAUCUAAUGAGCUGGACCAAAUUUCAAAAAUCCAUGAUGUUAUAGGUACUCCUGCUAACGAAACUCUCAGCAAGUUCAAGCAGUCAAGAAUUGCGAGUUUUGAUUUCCCCUUUAAAAAAGGAAAAGGAAUACCGCCUCUUGUGCACAAUUUGUCUCCCAAAGGCUUCUCUCUCCUGUAUGCAAUGAUAAAAUAUGAUCCUGAUGAGAGAAUCGCUGCCCAUCAAGCGUUACAGCACCCUUAUUUUCAAGAACUCUGGGCAGCUGAUCCACAACUUAUGGCCGUGCACAAAAAAUUAAGGUUACUAGGAAAUACAGCAGGGCAAGUACCUCUGCAGUCGUGGCAAAUUUCGAAGGAAAGUCAAAGACAGUAUUCUCUUAGGAAAGUCCAGGAAAAAACAAAACAACAACAUGGACCUCCUCAUGGAGAACUACCAAAAUUAAAUCUUUCUGGAGUAGCCAAACUGACUUCCUGUCCUGCUCUGACAUUCCAUGCUGUUUUCGGGGCACCUAAGGAAAGUGGUGAAACCCCCUCAUUACAGUCUGUUAGAUUUAUUGGAUCAAAUGUCGAGCAGUCUGAGAAACAGAAGGCAUGUAAGUCUUCCCCAAAAUAUUUCCACUUACCUGCUAUCAAACGAAGAGGAGGAGGAGGAGGAGGAGGUUACUGACUGCCUUGUCAAGUAUUUGGAGUGUGAGGAAAAGCACGACUCUGCAGUGAGAGCCAAUCACGCUUCCGUUGUGAGAGCGCUAACGAGAACAGCAGUGCCGCCUUCUGUGUUCUCUGACAAUUUGUAGGAGAAACCCCCAAGUUUCUGAAGGGCUGCUUACCCACCGUUUUGGUGUUCUGUUCCUGAAGGGUAUCAGUAUUUAAUUAAAGCCUUGUUCUGGCAGAGCUUAGUGAGCACUCUGGAUUGAACUUUCUAGGUUUGGGUUUUUUUCCCUUUUAGAACCUGAUGGAGGAGGAGGUUGGUUAAAAAUAACAUGGAAGGAUUCUUUGAGCUCCAGUAUUAGGAAUGGAAUGUUAGCUACAAAAUAUAAGUUUUCAUAUCAUAUUAUAAAUGACAGCUAACUUUUGUAUAGUUUUUUAGAUGUAAAAUUUUUAAUUUUCAGUCAACUCUGGAAAGAAUUCACCUCCCGUAUUCAGUAGCUUCAGCCUCAAGUUUUGUUAAGAAUGUGCAGAUUAUGUAAUCAAAUGAGAUAAUUGAUUUUGAUGCAGUUUUGGUAACUGCUGAAUAUUUUUAUAUAACUCCACCUAAAAGCUAAAGCAACUUUUAUCUGAUUCAAAAGCAUAUAAAACUUUGUCGUCGUUUUCUUCAAGCCAUUGAUCUCAAUGUUAAUCAAAAGUUUUAACAGCGACUGUUGCAGCUAGUUGCAUAGAAGAGCAGUCAAGGCUUCUCUUCAAGAAGUCACACUUCAGAAAUGCUGCGCACAGAUCAUCGGUAGCAAUUCAAUAUAAUGUCACUGUUUCCUAGUGAUAUAAAAGGUAAGAGUUGCAAGGCAGAGUUUUUAUCUUGCUUGGAAUGAGUAAUUACUGCAAUUUGAUACCAUUGAUUUUUGAAGUCCCAAGAUCUCCUAAAAAUUGGCAAUAAUUAAUUUGCAAUACUUUGGCGAUGUGUUACAAAAUAGUUUUGCUAUUGAAAAAACAAAUGAGUUUGUGCAAGUCAUACUUAGGUGGGGGUUUAAAAAUCUUCUGCCUCAUAAGUAUGCCUGCAGGACACGUUUUGCAAAUAACUUUUAUUUUUUUAAUAGUUCUAAAAGUUACUGUGGUCAUAAUUGGGAAGUGAUCAGCUUUUUGUCCAGUAACCAAACACUUCUGGAGCCGCUGCUGCUGUUCAAAAUUUUCUGUGCAACACGAAAGUGAAAACCAAGCGAUGAGAAGGCAGGCAAGGGGCGAUGUGUAUUAGGAGUCGCUGCUGCGCAUGAGGAGGCACCGUGAAAAAAUGCACAGGGUAGCAGGUCAUGCUAAUGUUACUAAGCCAACCCUUAAGCAUCAGUUUGAGAUUGGUGCUCUAAGUCCAGACAAACUAUUUCUUCUGAUCACUUAAGAUGCAGCUCAAACAAUGCAAUAAAGCACCCAUUAAGAUUUUUAUAAAAAUUCUAGUCAUUUAGAGUAAGUAAGAGUUAUGCCCGUUAUGCUCUCAGAUCUGGGAUUUUAUUAGGCUGUGCAUUUGUUAAAAUAACGGUUCUUCUCAUUCAGUUAGAGGUUUUCCAGUAGGUGGCUUUUUUGUUGUGCUAUUUUGGUUGGAUGGUUGUCUUUUUAAGAAUUGGCAUCUCACCACUCGUAGGACACUGUUGUGACUGUGUUAGAUCCUAUUCCUUGUUCUCCCAUUCAGCUUCUGGAUAACUUCGAGCAUGCUGAAAUUCCACACUGUAGCUUUUCAAUGUGGGGAAGCUCAUGAACCUCAAGUUCUUUAUGAAUCUUCUGGAUCUUCUGGAAUCUACUGCUUAAAAGCACUUGUCUAUCUUAUAUUUAUCCUUGUGUUUUGAAGAAGGUAUUAUUUUCACAUACUGGACUGAGGAGCAACAUGACAUUUACUAGCAGAUUUUUUAAAAUGGGAAAAUAUUAGCAGGCUAAAGGUUUGUGGCACGUACCAUGGGAGUAAUUUUUUGGUAUUGAUUCAAAGUUGACUAUCCAAGUUGAGCAUCUUGCACCUGCAUCACAGCCUACUGCACCUUUGCUCAUUUUAUUCCAUUUCUUCAUAGCAAACUUUCAGAAUCUCAAUAGCAAGAAUGGAAAAACAUCCCAGCCCCCACAAGAAUUCUUGUAAAAUAAGGCUACAGCACACGAACAAGGCUCUGCAGGGAAACCCGCAUUGCUGCUGCUCAUCCUAGGUAUGCCAGGGGAGUAGCAGGGGUCACUUACUGGGACUGAACAAAUGUGUGAGCAGAGAUUUAGUGGAGGAAGCAGUCCACAUCAGUAGGGUGAGACCCUCAUAAUAAAGGGAGAAUUAAACAGCAGAGUGUAGCAGUAUAGCUAACUGCUCUUCCUCGCUUUAUUGAACCUGAUACUGAUACUGGCUGGGUGCUCUCUUUUCUCCAGUUCUAAGCAGAAAAUGUGCUCCUGACCGGCAGCUCCAAGCACGGUGGGGUGUCCAAUGACAGCAGCUGGCUGAGUUUUACUGCUGUUGCAGUUAAUCAUUGCUCCACUUCGUCAUGCUUUCAUGUUAGCAGCUUGUACUGGUAGAACAGAUGGAGAACUCCAACAAUAAGGCAAUCCAAUAUUUGUUUGAAUGCCUAGCAGAGGCUUAUAUAUAAAUAUAUUUCAUUUGCCAUUGUACUUCUGGAGACAACGUACACGCUCCGGCUGUUGGAUCAGUGGCAAACUUGAGUUUUCCCACUUGCUUUAUAGUUAAAAUGCACUCAACGUCAAACUACAAACUGGAAAGUAUUGUUUCUACGCUCAUUCUUCCAGCUAAAAUUCCAUAUUGAGAUGAUGUGUGUUCCACUCACUUUUAGAUAUUUUUUUCUAACAUAGUAGGACAUAGUUUUCUAACAGCUCCCUUAAGAGCUGUAUCUAUAGUAGGAAACUCUAAAUUCUUUCCAGGUAAGUUAUUAAUAUCCCUUUUCUUCCUAAAAUAUGUUUUUCCAUAUGGACUAAAGGGUGGGAUGGGCAGUUCAAGCUUCUAGACGAUUGCCUAAUAGCAAAGAGGCUGGAAAAAGAAAAACCACGUAUCCGCCUUGUACACUGUUUAACUGUGCUCUGUAGCAGGGACGUACUCUGCAAACGGGUGUGCAAGUAGCUGCUGUUACUACCCCAGUGUGGGCUCCUACUGGUUUUCCAUACUGUUUUUGUGUUUUUUCAGUUGAAGGAAAGAAAAAAUCUUUCCAAGUUACUACGUAUUUUCUCAACUGUUUCAUUUUGCCUCAGGCCGUACGAAGCACUUUUAUAAAAGAAGUCUCCAGGGAGGUAAUUAGUCUUCAGUGAUGAGGUUUAUCUUUAUUUUAACAGUUAAACCCACUAUGUUAAUAAAACUUCUGAACGAUAA